AUGUAUCAGAAGCAUUGGGAUGAGCCCGAGAAGACAAUGGGAGACCUGUUAGGGCUAUCUGAGCAAGCAGGCCGACAUUGGCAGAAUGUCAAGCGUGAUUACCCGAAUCACAAGGAGGAUUUUACGAAGUGCAAGGGUACUUUCAAGGAUUUCUGGCCCACUCAAACUGGCAGGGCGGUCGCGUCCUUCAUUCACAGUCACGUUAGUGUGGAUUUUACCGACUUGGAUAAACUAGAUCGAAGCUUGAAGACGAAAGACGAGCAGCUAUAUGAGGUGAUGGAGGAAGCAUUCGAACAAUCAUCUGGCGCAUUCACCCCCAGUUCCCAGCCUCGAUCUCUCUCGCUUCUUGCCGCGCGUUUCGAUGGUCCAUCGGGCAUUCAAAACCGUUUGGCGUUAGAAAAAUGUGCAAAUAUUCCGAAUCUCGGUGCGGUUGAUAAAGAGGCCGAAAGUGUAGACGCCGAUACCGAGACGGCUGUACUACGAAUAUGUCUGAAAGCAUCAACAGUAGUCUCUCUACUUCUCCUCGUCGGGAGUCCAUCUCUCCCCAUUCGCCAUCAUCUUCAUUGGAUGGGUGCUUCUCUUUUCUCCCCUAGAGAGUCCGCCAAAUCAUCAACUAGCACGCACUCGCCCCUGCGACAGCAGACUACCAUCAACAAGAACCAGGCGAAAAUUUUGACCCCGAAUCCUACCAUGGAUUCCCCAUCGCCUCCACCAUUCGGGUCGCAUCACAAGAAAGCACCUCCUAGGCCAAACGUUUCUGCUCCCUCUAUUUCUGCGCUUCCAUCAUCAUCAUCAAAACAAUACUACAAUGCAACAAACCUCGACCUGUCGUUCGUCGUAAACAGAAACAAAGUCCAGACUCUAUUUGACGGUGUUCACCUGCCUCGCAAAAAGGCCAAGUUGAACCCAUCUACCGUCGCGGCGCCAUCAAUUCUGAUACGCGUCAUAUUGGAGCGAAGAACCAUCGACAAGGCGAAAUCCAAGAAUUGGAAGCGGAAGGAUAGGAUGUUAUCCUUUUCAAAAAGAAAUUCAGGGUGGGUAGAGCGGUAUUGGAUUGUUCAAAACUCGGAUGCAGAGUUUCCUGGAGAUGAGACAGACGAUGAAGAUGAUCUUCCGUACCUGGACCUGUCAGAGGUUCAUAAAGUGCAAGCGUCGUCGUCAUAUCCUUCCGUCGACACUGGGAAGAUUGCCAUGCCUCUUACAAGCCCAAACUCGAAACCAACAACUCAACCACAUGGAAUUCCCCGGAGAGCGCUCUCAUCAGUUUUCGCAGGACCCCCAAACUCCCCAAAUGUUGUAGCUCAAUAUGCUGACUCUGGAAGUACUUACGAAUCCCUCUCCACGUCGUCUGCGUCUUACCCGUCAGUCUCGGUGCCAAUCUCUUUCUCCGAACCAAUCUCGACCCAAUUGCUGAAUCCCCCUGGUUUAUCGGAGAAGGCGCUCGGGAAACGAAAGGCUUUCGACGAUGGAGUCAAACCUCACGUUAAACGAGGUCGUCCUGCGAAACCUCGUCCUUCCACUGUGCUCGCCAAUUCCAGUACGACUCGGUAUCAUGGACAUGUUUCACAUACUCAUCAGGACGCGUACCAUGCUCAAAUUCUGUAUAAAGCUCGCGAAAUCAUCUUAUCCCAGAUAGUGUUGGGCAACAUGAAUUGUUUUUGCACCUCUACGCAAACUAAUGCGCACAUACCUGGAUUGACUUCCCCUCCACCUAUUGCGGUCGUCGGCAAUCCUUUUCUUGGAGAUGGCGCAGAAUCGGGAAACGAUCCUCAGCAGGCGAAAGACGACAUUGAAAUGUUGCAGCUGCAGCGUCCUGGUCAGACCAUUGCUACGGGUAAUACUUUACCUCAACCUCAGUCAAACGGAUCUUUGAAUGGUUUCCUGAAUAUGCCAAGACGUGACGUAGGGAUUGGUCACGAAAUAACCAACCGCAAUUCCAGCGUCCAUGGCGAUCAUAGAGGAGUUGACGUUGGGGAGUGGUUAAUUCCUAGCCUUGGGAUCCCAGAGGCCGGUGAUCAACUGAAUUCUGGAAUGGAGCCUGGCCUUUAUUCUGGGCUUAGCCGUAGUUCCAGAGCAGGGAUUGAAAUUUCUACUCCCGACCACCCUGCGAUUCAAUUUGGUCAACAAAAGCAUACGUCCAUGCCCCCAGACCCAGAUAUACUCGAUUCUUCCGAGAGAGUUUAUUACUCCAGUGAUCCACUUCCUCAUCGAGGUAAACAGAGAAUGAUUAGCGUUCAGCUAAAGGCUCGAACGCGGCGUAAUACGGACCCUCAGUCCUCUGCGACUUCACCCGUACCACAACCCCCUCCGCCUGUCCUCCAGAGUAACGCGUCAAGUCUCGUGUUGGAUUACGGUUCCAACUCGGAUUAA